AUGCCGCGUCGACUUCCAUGGGCGAAGAAAGACAUAACAGGAGCAAAGGCAACAAACCCACAUGCAGAUCUUGAAUCGCAAAUAUCUGGUGAUGACGAUGACUUCUUGGAAAAUGUGAUAGCGGCCAGCAGUAGCAAAGGAAAUCGACAAGCCAGCGAGUCAGAUGAUGAUCUCCCCAAUCUGCCACCAGAACCAUCAACACCACACACCAAAUCCAGAACAAAAGAUGCAUGGAGAAAAGGACGUGAAGUUUCGUCAUCACCUCCACCUCUGGCAGGGGAUCUCGAGCAACCGCGUGUUGAAUACAUGCAUGACGCCAUCUCCAAAUUCGACCUACGCGACGAUGAAUGGAUGAUGGUUGAAGACGAGUUUCUCGAGACUGCAAAGCUAUUCACUCGACACUUGCACAUUGCAGAAUACGAGAAACUCAAGGAGAUGAUUGAGGAAAAGAAGAAAGGUGCUGAUGUACCAAGACCGGUCGUUCCUAACGCGAAGAUGUCAGAUAUUGGGACUAUGAAAGAUAGAGCCAAAGUCCAAGAGCAGAAGCAAAAGAGAGCUCUCCAAGACGUUUUUGCGUCUCAAGAAGAUGAUGGGACCCAAGAGCAAACCACUUCGCUUUCAACCCAUGCGAGUAAGGAGGUUGCGGAGAGGUUGGCCAAGCGCAAGGCUGAGCGGGAGAGGAAUGAUGGGGAGGGGAAGAGGAAGAGGGCGAUGGGUGGGGAUGUGGAUGUGGAUGAUAUACCUACAUUUUUAUUUUGA